UGUGGCUAAAACGAACGAACGGACGCGCGCGAUGCGAUGUUGUAGCGCGCUAUGUUUUGAUUGUCUAACGAAUAAUAAUACAUCUCCGACGAUAAGGUGCGAGCGGUGGUGACUCAAACGUUCCGGCGCGCACGCACGCGACGAUAGAACACAAAAAUAUUAAUAAUAAUAAUAAUAAUAAUUAUUAUUAUUAUUAUAAAUUCCCGUCGGCCGUCUACAGACCAAGUCUAACGUUAUAUCUCUCAUUCGGUUUUCGCUCCAUAGCGCGCGCGCCGACGAUAAAAUAAUAUUAUAAUAAUAUUAUAAUAUUAUAUUUUAUUUUGUUGCAUGUACGAGCGAUGUGUGCGGCGCUGCAGUACGCGUGUACGUAAGUACGGAAUCGCCGCUUAGUGCCAACCGUACGCGCGCUCCCCCGCUUGACCGGUCUCGCGCGAUACGUCGUUUUUGUUGAUGGCCGGCGCCGUCGAAACCGCUGCAGACUGCUGACCGCGGCCACAUCGGUGGACCGACCCCGAGACGGACGCCUGCGUGUCAUCGGUACGGUACGGCAAACGUCGUCCCCGGGGCCCACUUCACGCAUCCGACGAUUGCGAUGUUCGCGGUGGCUGUCGCCGCGGUCUUGCUGCUCGCGCUCCGGUCGGCCAUCCGCGUGGACACCACCGGUAACGUGGACAUCGGCCGCGGCGUGGACGUGCUCCAGCGGUUCGGCAUCAUUGGCGAUGUGUUGUACGGCGACGUGUCCAACACCAAGGAGAUGGUCACCCACGACAUAAUCGAGGGCGCCGAUCGUUUUACUGAAGUCUUAAAUGUGACAAAAAAUCAUACAAAUUUACUAAACAUCACAUUUUGUCCUGAUUUGGACUGCCUAUUUGAUGUAUAUUUUGACGGAUUUCAAGUUGAUCUAGCCGAUAAACCAUGGAAAUUGUUGACAACAAGUAGAUCACGACAUAUGGUAUCCGAACGAUUUGGUGUACCUGAUAUAGCAAUGGGAUUUGGACAAAAAUUUGUAAUUGUGUCCUAUAGGCGACCAGUGAAACGAAUUAAAACAUUUGACAAUUUCACACAAUUGGCAGAACUAAAAUCAACAAUAUCUGACAAAUUUAAAUGUAUGUCCAUUGGUAUAGAAUCAAUGGUGACGGAUUUUAUUACGGAGCAUGGAUCACAUUAUAUUGAUGAAUACACAUUAGGAGAUACUGUUUUUCAGGUGUUGGUGUAUCUGCCGGUGUUCUACAACAAGUUCUACAAGUGCAUUCUCAACAAUUGUUCGGAAUCGGACACGGCGUUGCUGCUGUCUCCGGUGUACACCGAAUAUCAGGGACAGGUGCUGAGCGUCGGAUCGAACGCGGUGGAGAAAUGGGUGGACACCAAUCUGCAGGUCGAGUCCAAGCACGGCCACACGUACGUCAGCCUGUACGCGCUUAAGAACAGGCCGGAGCUGUGCAACGAGAUCAUCGCGCUCAUGGACGACCAAUCGGUGGUCGGGCUGCACCUCAAGGUCGUAUCCACGUUCGCCACGGAACCGGCCAAGCGGAAAUGGUUCACCGAGGUGCUGGACAACCACGUGAAACUCCGGGAAGUCAACCUCUAAACAUCCCGGCAAUGGGGGCGGAAUAUUCCACUUGUACAAUAUAUGAUAUUGUGGAUUCUUAUAUCCGACGACGUUUAAAGAAUAACGUCAGGUCGAUAGUGUACAUUUUGUAAUGGUUAUAACUUAUAAGUAUAAAAUCACUGCAGGGGCGGCAUCUGUGCUCGGCAGGAGAUCGUCGAUAGUAUGGACGAGAAAAAAAUUUAUCAUCUAUCCUUUUCUAGCGCAUAACAUUAUAUUAUAAUUGAGAGUUGUACAUAACUAUUCACAUUGUUACAUUGUUUAGUGUUUAUUUAAAAACAACACCAAGUAAUUUUUGUUGAAAAAUGAUUCAAUAAUUCUAUUUUGUGUAAGAUAAUUGUUAUUAUUUUUUUAUUUUUUACGAUACUUGUAAAUCGUAAUGUAAACUAUUGUACAUACUGCCUACUACCUUUAAUA